AUGGAAUCCAAAUCCGUAAACGGCGUCGUUGCACCAGAGUCGAAUCCCCCCGACUCAACGGAAACAGCAUCAUCACCGUCCGAAUUCGAGAAGAACCAGAAACAUUACCAAGAAAUCAUCGCCACGCUUCCUCACGAAAGUGGGUGGCGACCAAAAGAUCCGUUCGUCGAGUACGGUGGUCACUGGUGGCUACAGCCUCUCCUCGAAGGCUUACUCCACGCCCAGAAAUUCUUCAAAGCUCGACCCAACGAUUUCUUCGUCUGCAGCUACCCGAAAACCGGCACCACUUGGCUCAAAGCUUUAACUUUCGCAAUCGCGAAUCGCUCCAAGUUCGACGAUUCCACAAACCCACUUCUCAAACGCAACCCACACGAGUUCGUGCCUUACAUCGAAAUCGAUUUCCCGUUUUUCCCAAGCGUCGAUGUUCUUAACGACGAAGGAAACACGCUCUUCUCGACUCAUAUCCCUUACGAUCUCUUACCCGAAUCGAUCGUUGAAUCCGGUUGCAAGAUGGUUUACAUAUGGAGAGACCCAAAGGACACAUUUGUCUCCAUGUGGACAUUUGCUCACAAGGAGAGGUCACAGCAAGGAGAUGUCAUUGGCAUUGAGGAGGCUUUUGAUAAGUACUGUCAAGGUUUAUCUGCGUACGGUCCUUAUCUUGAUCAUGUUUUAGGGUAUUGGAAGGCUCACGAGGCAAACCCAGAUCAGAUGUUGUUUCUCAAGUACGAGACGAUGAGAGCUGAUCCAUUGCCGUACGUGAAGAGGUUGGCCGAGUUUAUGGGUUACGGAUUCACGGAGAAGGAAGAGGAAGAAAACGUUGUUGAGAAAGUUGUGAAGCUUUGUAGCUUUGAGAAUUUGAAGAAUCUUGAAGCUAACAAAGGGGAGAAAGAUAGAGAGGAUCGUCCUGCUGUUUAUGCCAACAGUGCUUAUUUCAGGAAAGGGAAAGUUGGGGAUUGGCAGAAUUAUUUGACUCCGGAGAUGGUGGCUCGUCUUGAUGGCUUGAUGGAGGAGAAGUUUAAAGGAACUGGUUUUCUUUCUUCAGCACCGUGA